AUGGAUAGAGUUUUGAUGCUGUUGGCUUUUAUCGCGGCCGCCGAGGGCGCAAUACUUGUUCAAAACAAUAGCGCCGAAGUUGUGAUUGAGCUAUAUAACGAGAAACUGGAUUUCUUUGCAACAUUUCUGUCGCCAGACGCAGUUGAUGCACUAAUACAUCGCCCAGAGAAUAUUUCGUUGAAUACAACAGAAGCGCUGCGCUAUGCUUGGAUUCCAUAUACAACGCUAAAAGGUGAAAUCGAAACCUGGUGCAUAGGUGUUGAGAAUACCAUUCCCAUACUGGAUGACAGCCAUUCUCGAGUCGAGCGUGGCAGAUUGCUGGCUCACCUUGUGGCCGCUGAGCUGAGCAAAAUGCAAAAGCUGCUAAAUGCCAUAGUGUUGCGCAAAGAGCCGAGCAAGUUCUAUGCCCAAGUGCUUAAGGCUCAGAGCAUACUCAAAGAGGCGCUCAGUGAAAUCCAUGCGGCGACAAAUAACAUUUACAAUCGAGGCCAAAUGCUGGCCACAUGCAAGAGAUUCAUGUAUCCACCUCCAACGACGACGACGCCGACGACUACAACUACAACCACAACGAAAGCCCCGCUGCCGCCCAAGUCUGUAGAUAAGUUGAAAAAAAGCAAGAGCGCUGCCGGACUGACUAAACCACAUUACAUUUUCACUACUCUUUUCACUACUUUAUGCCUGCUUGGCUAUUUUGCAAUGUAG